AGACUAGAAUAUUUUUUAUUAGAAUUAUCUUGAUUUCCGUAAUUGAUAUGACAAAAGAACAAAUUGAAGGGUCUUCAUUGAUUAAUAUAGUCAUAAAAAACUAUUCAAUUCUCUCAUCAAUAUAGACGUUGUUCAAUUGGUAUUUUCCCAACAAAAUAAAUUGAUUUUUUUGUUUAUGAUUUUUUUUGCCGAUUUCGUUAUGCAAUGAACUGAGGUAGUUAUCGAGUGUUUGCAAAAGGAAUACUUUUAUUGCGAUAUUUAUUUUGUUUUUCUUUCCAAAAAAAGUGAACAAACGUGAGUAAAUAAUAGGUGAGAAAAUGUACAAGCAAAACAUUUGAUUUCAAUAGAGCUUGUUACAAUGCAUAAUUGAACUAAAGAAAUAAUAAAAUAAUGUAUAAAAGGAAAUUACUAAGAUUAUUAGUUUAUAAAAUUGAUCUGAAUAUGAGGUAUCUUUAUUUAUGCUUUAUAUUUAUUUAUUUAAAUCUUAUAAUUUCAAUUAGUUUGUUAUCUGUUGACUAUAAUAAGAAAAUAUUUUGUUAUACUCGAAGUACGUUAAUUUCGUUGACUGAAAAGUGUCUCUGCCUUUUUAGAAAUCAAAUUAUGUAUAGAGAAAAUAUUUGAUUUUGUAAAAGAAAUCUCAAUAAUAAUAAAUCAAUUAAUUAAUCAACCAUAUAUUUCUAUUCUCAUUAGACUUUCAAUGAAAAAAUUUUGAUAAAGAUGUGUUAACGUUCUAUGCCUGAAAAAGAAUUUUCGUACGAACCAUAUGUUAAGAAGUAUAAGUGAAUCUUUGAAAAGUAGAAGAAAAAUUUGAUCUAAAUGAUAUUUAAAGAAAAAUGCAAAUGUCCCCCUAUGAAAUGAUAUCCUUCUCAUUACUUUUAUGAGAAGUUUCUAUCAAUAAAAAGGCUUAUAAUAAAAGACUUAUAGACAUAUUUAUACUCGAUAUAUAUGAUAGAAUUCAGAUUGAUGUUGAUGCUUAAAGAAUAUUUGUGUAAAGUUUUUUGUUUAAAAUAUCAAGUAACUUCUCCCGAUUGUAACGUAUUAAACAAUGAGUCUUUUGAUAAGAUUCAUAAACAAUUUUCUUUAUGUUCUAAUAUUUAUUCAAAUUUAAUUUAUGUUUCUUUUUUCAAAUGAUCUCAGUUCAAUUCAAAUAGUCAUUAGUCCAGAAAUCUUACUCAUAUGAACUGCUGAUUGCAAGAUUCAAUUAGUAUGAUUAGGUACAACAGAUCAGGCAUCAUUUGAUCAUGGUUGCAUAAGAGGAAAAUCAUUUUUGAAUUUUUAUAUCAAGACAGACGAACUCUUUGCCAGUAUUUUCAUAUGAAGAAAUCCAAUAUGAUUUUUUUUUUGUAUUAACCUCUUUGUAUAUCUGUUGUGUCUGUUAUUUAUUUGAUUAAAUUAGUAAAUUGAAUGAAGGCAUUAAUAAUUGUUUUCUUAUUCAAACGAUUAAUGUGGAAAAUCAGCUAUUGUAAUCAAUUUAAAUUAAAUAGUCUGGUUGCUUUGCCUUUUAUUUUGAAGAAAGUUCGUUUCCAGAAAAAAGUGCAUUUUGAUCAGAGAUUUCUCUUUAGGUUCUCUAAUAGUGUAGAGCUAAGUUCAAAUUUGGGUAUGGGUGUAGAUAAAGAGAAGAUCCCUACCCACAUUCACACACCCACAUCCUUCAAAAAAUUUCUUCAAAAGAAAAUUUUUAUCAAGAUCAAAUAACAGGAAAAUUAGAAGCUGUUGGAGAUACAGUAGAACCAUUUCAUUUUACUUUACAUCCAAAAGAUGAACAAAAUUUAACUCGUGAAGAUCAAGAUAAAGGAAAAGAAUUAUAUUCACUUUUAGUUCAAUUUGAAAUUAUUCAAGAAGAUACAAUAAGAAAAAUAUUUCGAAAUAAUUCACAAGAACGAUAUAAAAUAGAAAAGUUAAUUCGAAAUGAUCUUGACCCUUCGAUUGCCGAUCCAUUAAUUAGUUUAUUAAAUAGUUUAAAAGCUAAUUUAAAAGAUUUUAUAGAUCUUCAAGAUCAAGAAAAUGUUCCAGAAGAUAAAUCUUGGUGGGAUUGGAAUGCUUUUGCCGUUGCAAUGAUAGGACUUGUUCAAGUCAUUGCCGAAGCUGUUUUAGUAGCCUUUGGUUUGACUCAGAUAGGCAAUGCUUUAAUAUCAGGUAUUUUUAGUUGGAAAGAAUGGGCAAUACAAAAAGCAAUUAGCUUUGGUCUCUCUAUGUUGACUGCUGGAAUUGGAAAGUUUUUGACGGAUAAAAUUAUGGAACAGAUUCAAGAAAAUGUUUAUACAAAAGAUUGUUAG